AAGGCAUCCCACUCGUCUGCCCAACUCUUUUACUCUUCGGUGGUCCAAUCUCUCAUUAAACUCCACCGGUGCCAAUCCUACUAUAAAUUGAUCUUCUUCCAUCUCCACGCUAUUCAUCUUUCUGUCUCCGUGAUGGCUGUGUCUAAGUUGCUCCUUGUUUGUGUUGCUCUUUCCCUGUUUACGCUUCAGGUUGUUGAUGGCAGGCUUGAAGCAGAAUAUCAUGUUGCUGGUGGUGCUGGGGGCAGGCGCGGAAUCGGCUUUCCUGGCAUUGAUUGUGGCGCUGCGUGCAUGGGGAGGUGCUCGAAGGCUUCAAGGCAGGAUAGGUGCGUUCAGGCGUGCGGUAGCUGCUGCAGGACCUGCAACUGUGUUCCACCAGGAACUUUUGGCAACAAGGAGAAAUGCCCAUGUUAUGCAGGUCUGACCACUCAUGCAGGCAGGCCAAAGUGUCCCUGAGACCUUCAAGAUUGCGAUCAUGAGAAUAAUCAUAAUGUCAUUGAUCAUUAGCGUUC